UGAACUUUUCCCAUCCAGUAGCUAAUUUUGAAAAAACCUCAGCUUUUGCAUGGGUAUGAUAAACUGCCAAUUCUUCUGGAUGCAUUAUCAUGUUGAAGCAAACAAUUUCCAGUAUUAGGAUUACUUGCUGCAACAGUUGGAUUUGAUUUUGCUAGCGCGUCGAUAGGGGUAGGGCGUUGGCUGGCGCCAUAAAAUCACACUUCACUACUGAACGGUACAAUCCAACGAUAUCAACGCACGCUAAUCCCGAUUCUAUCAGCAAAUUACAGGAACCUGCCAAAAGAGAGAAAUUUAGCUCUCAUAUGGGAGAAAAAAUGGACCUGCGCUCUUUCUUCUACCCUCCAUUUCUGUAGUGAAAUACAAAAGCUUUUAUCCUAUCCCCAAAAACAAAUGGACCUAAAGCUCAUUGGCCCUACACAAAGCCUUCCCAACUGAAAAUGGUUGUAUGUAUCCACCAGCUACCCAUAGCCAAACCCAUCUUCGCAUUUUUUCUCUCGACCACCAUUCAUCAAUGGCAGCUUCUGCAUCAUCAUCUUACAUGGCCUUCUCCACGGCAGGUAUGGUUGGCAAACGACACUUGAGAAACAACAACAGAAGGGUACUUUCAGUUUCAGCACAGCAGCAACAACAAGAAACGCUUGAGGAGACGACCAAGGUAGACACCACAAACGAGACCCUUCCAGUGAAGAAGCAGCCAACCACACCGAGGCCGGUGGAGCCACAGAUCAACGUGAAGAGCAAGAACAUGGGGAAGGAGUACGGAGGGGAGUGGCUGAGCAGCACCACUCGCCACGUCAGGAUCUUCGCUGCCUACAUCGACCCCGUGACCUGCGAGAUGGACCAGACGCAGAUGGAUAAGCUCACUCUUAUCCUCGACCCGACCAACGAGUUCGUGUGGGAUGAUGUUACCUGCACCAAGGUCUACUCUUACUUCCAGGAGCUCGUCGAUCACUAUGAGGGAGCACCAUUGACGGAAUACACGCUUCGACUGAUCGGUUCGGACAUUGAACAUUACAUAAGGAAGCUGCUGUACGAUGGAGAGAUCAAAUACAACAUGAGGGCAAAGACGCUCAAUUUCAGCAUGGGGAAACCCAGGAUCAUAUUCAACGACGACAACAAGGGGAGUAGCCCAGAUGUACAGUGAUGGCAACAAACUACACAGUUAGAG